AUGGAGUCCGGAAAUGGGUUGAGCAAGAACGAUACUCAGGUCGAAAUGACUAAUAUGCUGGAUCACGAAUCGCGGGACGAAUCAGGAGUUCAAGAUCUCUCGUCUCACGCAUGGACAAUCGAUGGGUCCGAUGAAUAUGAUGCUGAUGAUUUGAUACAGAAAGUAGAAUGGAAGGGUCAAACUAUUACGACAUAUCCACUGGAUUAUCAAAAAGUCAGUGUUGUCAAAUGGCAGAUCGCCUGCUGUAUCAUUAUGUUCGCUGUAUUCGGUUUAAGUGAUCAAGCUGUAGGAACUCUAAUACCAACAUUGACUGAAUACUAUCAUAUUUCAAAAGUCACAGUCUCUCUACUUUUCCUUAUACAAGUUUGUGGUUAUACUUUGGCAUCUCUUUGCAACGAAAAAUUGCAUCGGAUGGGCGGUUCUAGAGGCGCUCUUCUAUUGGCAUGCAGCCUUUGUAUCAUUACCUACCUCUUAUUGCUUACCAGACCUUCGUCAUUUGCAAUUUUUGCACUGUGCUCUUUUCCAUUGGGACUUAGUAUUGGUAUAUUAGACUCCACAGGUAAUGUGUUCAUCGGAAAUCUUUUAGUUCACAAAAAUGAAUGGAUGGGUAUGUUACAUGGUCUCUAUGGAGCUGCAGCCAUGGUCACUCCACCAAUUGGUUCAUAUUUUGUUAAAAUUGAUAAAUGGUCAACGUUCUAUGCAUUGCCACUUUGCUUAUCUAUUGUAGGAUUGUUGAUGGUCCCCAAGGCUUUCAGAUACGAAACUUCUUCCAAAUACGCCUAUACCUGUUCUGUUCAUCAAGAAGAGACCUCCUUUGAAGAAGAAGAAGAAGAAGAUGCCCAAGCACCUAGCUUUGGUGAAUUGUUGAAGACCCCUGCUAUUGUUUUAUAUGCCUCUUACCUUUUCAUCUACCUAGGUGCUGAGUUGUCUACGGGAUCAUGGUUAUUCUCUUACCUAUUGGCUACUAAAUCGGAUGACAGAAUAAAGAUGUCUUGGGUAACUUCUUCAUAUUGGACUGGUCUUACAGUGGGAAGAAUGUGCUUGGGAUUUGUCACUAAACGUGUUUUCAAUAAUGAAUACCGUGCUAGUAAGACUUAUGGAAUGUUAACACUAUUUUUCUACACGCUAUUUGUUAUCGUCGGUUGGCACGAUUCUGCAAGAACUUGGUAUCUCACAUGUCUUUUCUUGAUCGUGUUUUUGUGUGGUGUAUUCAUUGGUCCCUUGUUUCCUAAUGCAAGUAUUGUUGCCCUACAAGUCUUACCGAAGAAUUUACACAUCAGUGGUGUGGGCUUGGCAGUGGCCCUUGGUGGUUGUGGUAAUGCGAUGUUGCCCUAUUUAGUCGGAGUUGGACUUCAUUUUUUGGGCAUGUCCUGGCUACCAAUUCUAUGUUGGUCAAUGGUUCUAUGCUUCACUGUGGUGUGGACCUUGUAUCCAAGAUUCAUUAAAGGUCGUGAAGAAUUCCUAUGA